ACGACACUGUCACAAAGCUUGCAGAGGCCCCAAAAAGCUCCCAAAUUCCUUCGCCCAACCAUUCAACUGGAUGGUAUACGUGUGUGUUGUCAUGUGGUGGAUACUUGGGCCUGUGGCCGGUUCUAGAGUUCUGUAAGGUUUUGAUGCAGGAGCAGUCAUUUUGUUGAAAAUGUCUUCGUGUUCGAAUGCACAAUCAACUGAGGUUGGGCAUCUGGGUCGUCAAAAUGCUUGCCCAGAUACCGGAUGCUGUGAAAGUUCUUUGAAACCUGAGGAGGAGAAAGAGGAAGAGGAGGAGGAUGAGGAGGAAGAUGUGGAUUUCAAUCCGUUUUUGAAGGAGACCCAUUCUCCGGAAGCUUCUUCGAGCUUGAGCUCUGAAAUUGAUGGUUUGGAUGGCGAUGUUGUCGACAGUGGGGGAAAGACGUUCGGCAAUAGUGUGGGAAUUAAUUCUUUGAAGCCAAUUGGUGAGUUGCAAAACUCUGUUGCUGGAGAUUCUGAGCAUGGAGAGGAGGAAACUGUGAUGCAAGCUACAGUUUCCCCUGAAGGGGUGUGUGAGAAGGAAGUGCAAAAUUCUGUUGCCAGAAAUCCUAAGAGAAGAAAAUCUGCCUUCAACUCUCAAUCAAUACUUGAUCCUGUUAGAACAAGGGGCAAUGACACUAGAAGUGAUUUUGAUGGUGUUAUGGCAGUAGGGUUAAGUAAUACCACACAAGCCCAAAAUCCCAAAACAGACUUAGAGAAUGAGGAUGCUAUUUGUACACGUACAAGGGCCCGUUAUUCUCUUGCAAGUUUCACACUUGAUGAACUCGAGACUUUUCUUCAAGAAACUGAUGAUGAUGACGACCUUCACAAUGUUGACGAUGAAGAAGAGUACAAGAAGUUUCUUGCCGCUGUUUUACAUGGUGGAGAUGGUGAUGGUCAGUCAAAUCAAGAAAUUGAAAAUGUUGAUGAUGAAGAUGAAGAUAAUGAUGCCGAUUUUGAGAUAGAACUUGAAGAGUUGCUUGAGAGUGAUGUUGAUGAAUGUCCUAGGGAUAGAACCCAGAAGGAGUAUGAGGGAGCUGGACGACGGCCAGAGACUAGGCAGAAUAGGCGCCAAAAAGACUCUGCCCAAUAUAAAAGGAAGCUUUCAGGACAGGCAAAGAGACCAUUACGUCCACUCUUACCUGUUUUGCUGAAUGGACCAACUGUACCCUUCCCUGGUAAUGAUGGGAAAACUUUGAUGCGUGUUUCUUCCACAGCAGAAGAUGGUUUUAUAAGUGGAUUUACUCCCCAUCAAAUAGGCCAGUUACAUUGUUUGGUACACGAGCAUGUGCAACUUCUCAUUCAAGUAUUUUCUCUGUGUGUUCUUGAUUCUUCUCGGCAACACAUUGCCUCCCAGGUUCAGGGACUGAUUCUUGAGAUGCUUCAUAAACGUAAUGAAGUAUUAGCCUGGAAAAGUGUCCCAUAUCCCAGCAUUUGCUUUUACCCUCCAUAUGUUGGCUCAUCAGUGCCAGAUGAACUUCCCAAAUUUGCCCCAGCACUAGGCACCUUAGAAUCAUGUUCUACGUUUAAUGCACACAGAGUAUGCUCUCCUUCAACUAACCAGAUGGUGUCUUCUCAAAACAUGGCCACUUCUAAUGGAAGAUGUGAAUAUGUUUCCAAUGGGCAUGUGGGUGCUUUCCAAAACAAUGAGGGCUCUUUCUGGGUGCCUUUUAUAAGUGGUCCAAUACUGUCCAUCUUGGAUGUAGCUCCACUCAAUUUAGUUGGAAGAUAUAUGAAUGAUGUUUAUGCUGCUGUUCAGGACUAUCAACAGCGCCAUGUGAAAUCUAGUUGUGAUACUCCCUUUGAAAGAGAGCCACUGUUUCCCCUCCCUUGUUUUCCUUCAUCUCCUGAAGCUAAUUGUGAAAUUUUAAGGGGACCCAUUAUGUCAGGUGUUAAAACAUCUUCACCCUGUCAACAACCACCUAAAAAAACAUUGGCUGCUGCACUUGUUGAAAGUACCAAGAGGCAAUCAGUUGCUUUAGUUCCAAAAGAAGUUGCAAAGCUAGCUCAAAGUUUUUUUCCUUUCUUUAAUCCUUCAUUAUUUCCACGCAAGCCACCCCCUGCAGCUGUUGUAAAUCGGGUGCUUUUCACUGAUGCAGAGGAUGAGCUAUUAGCACUGGGGUUGAUGGAAUAUAAUACAGAUUGGAAGGCAAUUCAACAACGUUUUCUUCCUUGCAAAUCGAAGCAUCAGAUUUUUGUUAGGCAAAAGAAUCGCUGCUCAUCUAAAGCGCCAGAAAAUCCCAUUAAGGCAGUUCGGAUAAUGAAAACCUCUCCAUUGUCUGCAGAAGAGAUAGCAUGUAUUCAGGAGGGACUUAAGGUUUAUAAAUUAGAUUGGAUGUCUGUGUGGCGAUUUGUUGUCCCACAUAGAGAUCCAUCCUUAUUACCUCGACAGUGGCGCAUUGCCCUUGGAACUCAGAGGUCAUAUAAGCAGGAUGCAACAAAAAAGGAGAAGCGGCGGUUAUAUGAAUCAAGGAGAAGAAAGUGCAAAUCUGCAGAGUUGGCAAGUUGGCAAGUUGGAUCUGAAAAGGAGGACAAUCAGGCUGAAAAUGCUGGUGGAGAUAAUAACAGUGGACAUGAUAGCACAGAUAAUGCAGGUGAAGCUUAUGUUCACCAGGCAUUUUUAGCAGAUUGGAGGCCGGGUACCUUCAGUCUCAUUUCUUCUGCACGUCCUGGCUCAAAUCUCAAAGAAAAAGGCCUUCUUGGUGAUACUCAAUCCCAGAUUGGUAUCAUGCACAGGUUUCCAGUUUUGUCACAGAAUAUCCAGCAUCCCAAUAUUUCUUCUCAGUUUACUAGUGCUAGAAAUUGUGCAUCUAAUCUCAUGGAACCCAAUCAUCCAGCUUCUGGUACAACAUUGAAUAGCAGCAAAUUCCAAUUCUGUUCUCGGCCUUAUCGGGCCCGAAGAAGUAGUAGUGGUGCUAGUAAUUCCUGCUUAGUAAAAUUAGCACCAGACUUGCCCCCUGUGAAUCUUCCCCCAUCUGUUCGUGUAGUCUCUCAGACUGACUUCAAAGGCCAUCAGGUUGGCGCAUUUAGCAAGGUUUCUGCUGCUGGAGGUGGUAUUGUUAAUUCUGGAAUAGAAAAUUUUGUUUCUGGAAAUCCUCGUGCUGUGAAGUUGGGAAGCACCCAUUCAGUAAAACCUGUACGGAACAUGAGUUGUCCACUGAAAGAUAAUGUUACACAUUUGCUUCCUGAAGAAUCUGAAGUUGUUAAGGAUAAAUGUGUUCCAGAGGAAAGGCAGACUGAUUCUGAUCUUCAGAUGCAUCCUUUACUGUUCCAGGCCCCUGAAGAUGGACAUUUGCGCUAUUACCCAUUGAACUGUAGCACUAGCACUUCUUCUUUCAGUUUCUUUCCAGGAAAUCGGCCCCAGUUGAACCUAAAUCUCUUCCAUAAUCCCCACCUAGAAAACUAUGUUGAACGUUUCAACAAAUCUUUGAAGUCAAGGGAUUGUACUUCGGCAUCCUCUGGCAUUGACUUCCAUCCGCUGUUACAAAGAACUGAUGAUGUUUAUACUGACUCAGUAUCUGCAUGCUCAACUGCACACCUAUCUGUUGGUUUGGAAGGCAAAUCUGCUCCACUUCAAAAUUCUUUUGAUCGUGUCCACAAUGAGUCACGUGUAACUCGUGGUGUGGUUACUGGUGCUAAUCCUCCGAGCCCUACAGAGAAAGCUAAUGAACUUGACUUGGAGAUCCACCUAAGUUAUACAUCUAGAAAAGAUAAGGGUGCAGAAACUAGAGAUGUGACUGCAUGUAAUCCAACGAUGUCAGUAAUGGCAGCAGCACAUUCUUUAUCUACAACGAGAACCCAAAACAUCAAUGGGUUAUGUAAUGAGCAGAGUGAUGAUUGUCCCCGAGUUAGUACAAACAUUGUUUCAGUUGGCCAUGGAUUGGCAACAACAAAUAAGAACAUCAGCAGAUACAACAUGGAUGACAUAGGUGACCACUCUCAUCCAGAGAUUGUAAUGGAACAGGAAGAGUUGAGCGACUCUGAUGAAGAAGCUGAAGAACAUGUAGAGUUUGAGUGCGAGGAGAUGGCUGAUUCUGAAGGAGAGGAUGGAUCGGGCUGUGAACAAAUUGGCAUGCAAAAUAAGGGGGGCCAGAGUGCCGCAUUGGCAAAUCUAGUGACAGGUGCAGCUAGUAAUGAUGGACAACGUGAACCAAGGACCCGUUGUCAUCCUGAAGGUGAUCUUCAUAUCCUUGGAGAGAACGUCACUCCUUCCCUAGAGUUGGGUUUGUCUAAUCAAGGGGCGGAUGAUGCAAGUAAUUUUUCAUGGUUGAGUUUAGAUUCAUGUGCACCGGAUCGUCUUUUGAGCACAAAAGCUAAGCGUGUAGAAAGUACAAUUGGUGAAGGUCAUGUGGCCAAAAAAUUGUCAUCAUGUCGUCCUACCAGAUCUUGCAAGAAGAAAAAACCUAGCACAAAAGAUGUUACUGUGCAGAAACAUGCUAUGGACAUGGAACAACAGCUCAGCCUUGGUCCUCUUGCCAUUCCCACAAUGAAAAAAGCAAGGAAGCGCGCAUGCAGAACUAAUACAAGUUUGAACAUAGGAUUGACUUUUGAAAGCUCCAGCACCGAUGCUAAAGAUAAGUUUGGUUGAUUGGUGCUCUAUCUAUAAUACUUAAAGAACAAUCUCCAUCGAUGCUGAUAUUCAAGAGAUCUUUUGCUGAUAUGCUCACCUGCAAUGCUUUGGGCCGAGUCUUCUCUAUGCAUGCAUUUAAGAGAGAGUAGCAUUGAAGGUUGUACUCCCUUAGAUGUCAGCCAACCCAAUCCAGCAAGCAAGGGGUGUCAGAAUGGCGUAUUUUCCCCAGCCCUUGAACUUGGGAACAUCUGCAUCCAAGCCUCUACAAGGAAGGCCUCUUUGUGCUUGUGAAUAUUUUUUUGAAUGGCACGAGAAGCAGCACAAGUUAUUUGGGAACUUGGGGUGGAAGGCACUGGAUGUGCGUGAUAACAUACAUAGGCGGUUACUUCUCUAUUCCAUUUGUUGAUGUAUGAUUGUCAGUAUAUGUUUGCUUUGAGUGUAAGGGUCGUGUACAGACAUUUUGCUUGUAUAUUCUCCUUUGAUCUCUCAGUUUUGGGCCAAAAUAACUCAACUGUAAGGAGCUGUUUUUGCUAACAAUGCAGUUUCACGAGAUUAGCACAAAGUGUUUAUAACAAUGAGGGAAAGAGGAACAGUUCUAUUAACAGAGCCGUGGACCCAUAAGCUCUGUAUUGUUAAUUCAUCAGCAGUUUUCAAUA